CAGGCGGACAAUCGCACAGAAAGCCGUAAAAGUUAUUUCAUACGAAAAUGUACUCGCGGUAAUUUCCAUGAGAAUGGAUAUUCAAAUGACAUACCGAACUUGCCGACAUGUUGUGUGUGAUGAUUAACAUGUACCGGGGAAACUGUUGAUGUUAUAGAUAUAUAAACACGAUAUGUUACCAGACUAUGGAUUGAUAUUUUGAGUCUGUAAACAUGUCCCGAUUUACGGCGUGGGUGAGACUCCUCGCUCUGGUAACCUUUGUUUACGUGCUGUGGUUUUUGAUAUUUGAUACAUCACGGAUUGGAAAGCAUAUAGACAUUCAAAAGUAUAUGAAAGCAGACCAUACUAGAUUUGAGCAAUUUUGUUUGAGCAGAUCAAAUGAGGAUGUGUUAGGAGAAAUCAAUUCUAAUACACGACAAAUUCGUCAAUCAGAAACACGCCAUCUUGUAUUUUUGAAAGUUCAUAAGGCAGCUAGUUCUACAGUACAAAAUAUCUUCAUGCGUUUUGGAGCUGUACGUGAUCUCGUGUUUGCGCUUCCAAAGAGAAACACCAAUGUGAUUAGUGUAACUAAUACUGUAUCCGAACAAAAUGUUCUUCGACCCCCGUCUGGAAGAAAGUAUGAUAUACUUUGUUGUCACGUGAUCUACAACAAAGCUGCAAUGCAAACGUUUAUGCCUAAGGAUACAGUUUACGUUGGUAUUAUUCGCCAUCCAUUUGGGCAGUUUUUAUCCACUAUCAAGUAUUUCUAUCCAAAGGAUUUUUUCAAUAUACAAGGACUUAAUAAGAUGAAGACAUUUCUUCAAAAUCCUACUAAAUAUAUUCCACGCUCUGCGGCAGGACAUUUCCUAAACAAUAGAAUGGCUUAUGAAUUCAACUUUCCUCGCACGUUAUUUAUUGAUAGAAACGAAGAUGAUAUACAAACAUAUCUGAGGCAACUCGAUCAGGAGUUCAGUAUUGUGUUAGUAGUGGAUCACCUGGACGAGUCGUUGAUUAUGAUGCGAAGACUACUUGGCUGGAAAUUAAAGGAUAUAAUUCACGGUCAUAUCAACGAUGGAAAAUAUCUGUUUACUAAAGUACCAAAGAUAAAAACAGCCACAGAAUUACUUCAUAAACGAUGGGCAGAAUUAGACUAUGCUUUAUAUGACUACUUUAACAAGCGUCUUUUCGAAAAAAUCAAAUCGGAAGGGCCAGAUUUUGAAAAGGAGCUACUUUACUUUAAAAAGGUGCAGAGAGACGUACAGUCCUUUUGUUAUAAAACUUAUCAUACACAUGUAAAAGAUAGCCUCGUAAUGGAUCCUUCACCCUGGAACGAUCGGUUUGAAAUUACAAGUCUCGACUGCAUAUAUAUGAAUAUAGGAGAGGAAGUUUUUAUACAAGAAAUACGCCAUCGGCAAUACACACAAGACUGAAUUCACUAUUUGAUAAUGCUUAAAAUACUGUUAGUAUAUUCAGCUUAAAUUUUCUUUCGCACAAUUUGAAUAUUUUAUCGUUAAAUGUCUUAAGUAUAGGGUAUCCGCCAAAACUGUUUAUUUCAUAAAUUGAUAAGACUAUUUCAGUCGUCACGCAUUGCCGACAAUUAACAAUUUUGUACCAGUGUACCAGGUAGUUUGAUGUUGAUAUGCUAUGUGUUAAUACUUGGAUUUGACACUUGUAUUUGGAAAAUAUCAACUCCUUUGAGCGUAUGAUAUCAGCCAUGGAAAUUAUAAGUCAAAUGUUAUACAUUUUGUAAGAUAGAUAAAGUGUACUGUAUGCAUGGGUUCAUACCCAUGACCUUUGAUCACCAGGAAGAAAUAUUACAUUAUUGCAUUUUAGUGAAAUAUCAAUGUUAUCGAGGAUCUAUCCAAGCUUAUAAUAUAUUCUAAUGGUUCACCUUAAGCUCGGAGCUCGGUAAUAAUAUAAAUUAUUUCCGAGCCUAUUAUUCUGGGAGUUCAUAUGCAAAAAAAUAAAAAAAAUCGAUUUGUUUAUUAUAGCAAUGAAUGAUAUUUGGUCGUCAUAAAAAUGUAAAGCAUUGACAUAUUUUUACAAUCUUUGUUUUGGCAUAAAUAUGUCCAUUUUCGGAUACUCGUUGUUGAUUGGACUAGCUCCACUACACUUACAACCCAUAACUCAGUGGAAAAAUCCUCGUUUAGAUAGAAACUUUUAGAUUUCAAUUGGUUCUGUCAUAUUUUUCUAUCGAAGUUUCGGCCAAUCAGAUUGAAAGUAACACAUGUUUUAUAGAGGCCGCAUAUCAACAACAGCGGCGGCGAGUAAUCUCGAAAUCUAAUAUGAAUAGGUUAAACCAUUACAGCAGAAUAUUAUUGAUACCAUUUUGUUUGACAGGGAAGUCUUCCUAUUAAUAAAAACAGGCCUAGUUGAUGGAAAAUCUGGUUAUCAGUGUAACGUUGAAAAUGGACGCCGUGGAAAAUGGAACUCGGUUCCAUUUUCAAGGUUGAAA